AUGACCCGCCCCACAACCCCUGAAGGCUUGUGUGAGAUCUCAAGCCAGGUCAUGGAGAAGUGGAACUUCCCACAUACCUGUGGUGCCCUUGAUGGCAAGCACGUUGCCUGCAAGGCUCCUCCAAAGAGUGGUUCCGUAUACUACAAUUACAAGGAGUUCUACUCCAUCAUGCUCAUUGCACUCAUAGAUGCGGACUGCACGUUCCUCUGGGCAGUUGUUGGUAGUCCCGGAUCCUCGUCUGACGCCCAGAUCUACAACGAGUCUGAAUUCCAACAAAUGGCUGAAGAUGGAACCAUUGGCUUCCCUGCUUCAGAUCCUCUUCCUAAUAACUACAAGGAUGUGCCAUACUUCUUUGUCAGUGAUGACGCAUUUGGCCUACGGAAACACAUGAUAAAGACAUACACCCUGUGUGGUCUUACAGAGGAAGAGAGGAUCUUCAAUUACAGACUGUCCCGAGCCAAAAGGGUCAUUGAAAAUGCAUUUGGCAUUCUGGCAAACCGGUUCCAGGACCAAAAUACAGCACCACCCAUCCACCGACAAGAUCAUCCUGAAGGCGCACAUUGUUCUUCACAACUUGAUGAGAAUGAGGUAUCCAACAGUGCAGAGCCAGCAGCUAGACCGUAG